GGCUCCAUUUCCAUAGCUGUCAAGGCAUCUGUCUGCGUCAUUGGCCUCAAUGUGACAAGGAGGGUCAGCUGUCCAGGCCGCUUUGGGAGAAGGGAGAGAGAGAAGGAGCUGCUGCUGCUGUGUUUGGAUCCCCUUUACUUCCCGGGCUUUAUUUUGGACACCUUUUUCCCCCAUUGGAUUAAACUCUCAGCAUAAAGGUGACCCAAUGGCUCCCAAAAAGAAAGCCCCCAAGAAAAUCAAGCCUUUGAAGAAAGAAGGUCCUGCCAACCCCAUGAUGGUAGAGGACCCUUCCCUUGACAUUGACCAUCACCAACAGCUGGAUGAAUUAUUUGAAAACGGUUCCGACGGGUUCCUCUGCACAGCCACCGAGGUUUUAGACCCAAGGCAUGGAACCAACAUCCUGGAGGAGGCACACUGUAUGCAGAAGGAGCACUUCCUUUGCGAUCUCACCGUUGCCACAAAAACAAAGACCUUCAAUGUCCAUAAGCUGGUAAUGUCCUCCUGCAGUGACUACUUCAGAAGCCUGUUGAAGAAGAACCCCAGCCUUCAACAAGUGGACCUUGUAGAUAUUUCUCCUUUGGGCCUGGCCACCAUCAUAACCUAUGUCUACACAGGGAGAGUGAGUCUCUCUCUGUACACCAUUGGAAGCACCAUUUCCACUGCCAGCUACCUGCAGAUGCCUGCCCUGCUCAACAUAUGCACUGACUUUCUCAUCCAGGAGAUGAACGUGGAGAACUGGACGUACGUGGCCAACCUGGCUGAGACCUACAGUCUCAACCAGACAAAGAACGCUGCCAAGAAGUUCAUCCGGGAACAUUUCCUCGAGUUCUCGGAGACUGAGCAGUUCAUGAAGCUUACCUUUGACCAACUUAACGAAUUGCUGAUGGAUGAUGACCUUCAGUUCCCCAGCGAGGUGGUGGUUUUCCAGAUUGCCAUGAAGUGGCUCGAAUCGGACCCCAAGCGUGUCAAACAUGCUGCCGACCUCCUGAACAAUGUCCGGUUCGGCACCAUCCCGGCACAUGACUUGAUCAACUAUGUCCAGCCUGUGCCAUGUAUGAUGCAAAAUCCAGAAUGCCACCGGCUGCUGGUCGACGCCAUGAAUUACCAUCUGCUGCCUUUCCAGCAGAACGAGCUCCAGUCCAGAAGGACCAAGAUUCGAGGGAGCCAGAAGGUCCUGCUGGUGGUUGGUGGACGCCCAUGUGCUGCGGAUAAGGCCAUUAGCAAAGACGUGAGUCACAGAGAUCAGGACGGGAAUUGGAACAAGCUGACAGAGAUGCCAACCAAGUGCUUCAACCAAUGUGUGGCAGUCAUGGAUGGGUUCCUCUAUGUGGCGGGAGGAGAAGAUCAAAACGAUGCCCGCAACCAAGCCAAGCAUGCCAUUAACAAUCUGUGCAGGUACGACCCGCGUUUUGGCACUUGGCUGCACUUGGCCAGCAUGGCCCACAAAAGAACUCAUUUCAGCCUCAGCACCUUCAACGGGCAGCUCUACGCCAUUGGGGGACGCAACGCCAAGGGGACCCUCAUCUCCAUCGAAUGCUACAUCCCGUCCACCAACAUCUGGCAACCCAAGACCAACAUGGAGCUCCCGCGCUGCUGCCACGCCAGCAUGGUCCUGGGAGGCGAGAUCCUGGUAACGGGUGGCUACGUAAACAAUGCCUACUCCCGCACAGUGUGCAGCUAUGACCCGGCCACAGACACUUGGAGGGACUGUACCUGGCUCAGCACCCCAAGAGGGUGGCACGGGGCUGCCACGUUGAGGGAUCGUGGGUACGUCCUGGGGGGCAGCCAGCUAGGGCCCCGAGGGGAGAGGGUGGACGUCAUACCGGUGGAAUGUUACAACCCUUCCACCAACCAGUGGAGUCAUGUGGCCCCACUGCCCAUUGGCUUGAGCAUGGCUGGGGUGGCCACUCUCAAUGGGCAAAUCCUGCUCGUGGGGGGCUGGAACGAGAGCAUGAAGAAAUAUCAGAAGGGCAUCCAGGCCUAUAACCCCGACCUGAAUGAAUGGAUCGAUGAUGGAGAACUUUUGGAAGGGACUGUGGGGGUCUCUUGCUGCACCAUCGCCCUUCCGCACACCAGCACCAGAGGGUCCCGGGCCAGCUCGGUUGGAUCGGCAGCCGUUAGCAUCUAAGGGCGAGUUGGAGCGUUCAUAACUAGCCCAAAGUGGCAUACAAGAAUAUAGAGAUGUAUUUUAUCUCAGUUUCUAGUGCUUUGAGGGAAUAAGGCAUUCUAACUGUAUCUAAUCAGCUGCUAUGCUCAUGUAUAAGUCUAGAAAUUCUAGUCAAAGGUUGGGAUCCCAAAGCAGGUAACUUAUCCAUGGAUCAACGUAUGUAAAGAUAAAGGUUUCUCCUUGA